GUUAGCGGGUGGGAGGCGCGGCCGCGUUGCUACAGCCGGAGCUGGGCGGUGGCGGGCGCUGUCGGAGGAGGCUCGGAGAGCUCUGUGUGGUGGCGCCAUGGAGGGGCUGGAAGAAAAUGGAAGUGUCCAAGUUGGAGAAUUAUUACCUUGCAAGAUUUGUGGAAGAACAUUCUUUCCAGUGGCAUUAAAAAAACAUGGACCCAUUUGCCAGAAAACUGCCACUAAAAAACGGAAGACUUUUGAUUCAAGCAGACAAAGAGCAGAAGGAACUGAUAUUCCAACAGUAAAACCUCUUAAACCUAGGCCUGAACCACCAAAGAAACCAUCUAAUUGGAGAAGAAAACAUGAAGAGUUCAUUGCCACCAUAAGAGCUGCUAAAGGCCUUGAUCAGGCUCUUAAAGAGGGUGGCAAGCUUCCUCCUCCUCCUCCGCCUUCUUAUGAUCCUGAUUAUAUUCAGUGCCCAUAUUGCCAGAGAAGAUUUAAUGAAAAUGCAGCUGAUAGGCAUAUAAAUUUCUGUAAGGAACAGGCAGCACGUAUUAGCAAUAAAGGCAAAUUUUCUACUGAUACCAAAGGAAAAGCAACUUCCCGGACACAGUAUAAGCCGCCUGCACCUAAAAAGUCGAGUUCUCCUGGAACUGCGUUGUCAGGCUCUUCACGAUUACCGCAGCCGAGCAGCACCGGCAAAACUGUUGUAGGUGUGCCUUCAGGUAAAGUGUCUUCAGUUAGCAGCUCUGUGGGAAACAAACUUCAGACCUUAUCCCCCUCCCAUAAAGGGAUUGCAGCCCCUCAAGUAGGAGCUAACAUCAAGCCUCGAAAUUCCACACCACCCAGUUUGGCACGAAAUCCUGCCUCAGGUGUGCUUACAAGCAAAAGAAGAACAUAUACCGAUAGCUACAUAGCCAGGCCAGAUGGAGACUAUAUAUCUUCACUUAAUGGCGGAAACAUUAAAGGCAUUGAAGGAAAUUCAUCUGGACACUUACCGAAAUUCUGCCAUGAGUGUGGGACUAAAUACCCUGUAGAGUGGGCGAAGUUCUGCUGUGAAUGUGGCAUUCGAAGAAUGGUUCUGUGAACAAAAUCCUGAGAGAAAAAGAGCUAAGUCCAGAGAUUUAUGACUAUUGCUGCUUAGUCAGCUAGAGCACUUCCUCUAGUUAUUUUCUGCUAAAAUUGUUCAGAAGACUUUUUCUUAGCAAUCUUUGGAGUAUAAUCUUUUGGCUAUGUAAUGUGUGUGUGUGUGUAUGUAUGUAUGUAUACUGUAUAUAAUAAAUACCUGAUACCCCAAACUGUGCCAUUCAAGGAAAUAUUCACUUAUCUGUCAGAAAAUAGUUUCAAGUGGAAUCACUAACUUAGGUAUUACUUUUCUGUCUUGUUAAAGCACAGUAAGUAUACUUCCACAAACUCUCAAACUCUACUGCUUAGCCCUUUGAGCUUUAGGAUGAUCAUUACUUUGAGCAAAAAAUCAGAAUAGACAUUGUUAUUAUUGGUGUCUAUUUUCAGAUAUCAUAAUAGGAUGAGAUGCUUGGAAUUUUGGAAUUGAAGAGAAUAUUUUUAGUUACAAUUAGUUAUGUGAGGUCAUUUUCUUGUAGAGCUCCUCAACAAAUAAUUUUAUAAAUAUCAAAAAAAAAGAAAGAAAAAAACCCCUAAGGUUUAUGUUGCCUUUUACUUGGUGUAUUAUUAUAUAAUUUAAAGACCUUUAUGCGUUCUUUGAAAAUGUAAUUAUGCAGUUUUCUUUUCAGAUGCACAAGGCUGAAAAUACAAAAGUUUCUUAUUCUAGUUAUGACCGAAUGAUUUUUUUACCUCUGUGUGUUUUGGUUGAAUGUAUAUUCUUUCUACUUUGAAUUGGGUCUCCAGAUUUCACUUUUUUUCUUUUUUGAUAACCUCACAUCUAAAGAGGAGUUUUAUUUUUUGCAGUUCAAAAAUGUAAUUAAAGAUGCACAGAAUUCCUUGCAAAAUCUUUCAUGUUUAUUUCUAUGUAUCUGAAUUUAGAAGAAAUUAUUUUAAUACAAACCACCUCACCUAAUAAAUAGUGACUUUGGUAAUUAAUCAUUAGUGCAGGGCAUGCAGGUAAAAAGUAUUUGCAUCUUAGUCCCUUGAAGUAUAGUGAGAUGUAGUUAUGAGUAGGUUAAGAGAAUAUCUAAUUUUUCCUACUUGUAUUUCCUUCUUACCGUUUAAUGUUGAAACACCAUUCACAUCACAAUAAAAAGCCACUGAAAACGCGUUGCUUUAAUGCAUGGCUGACUUAUUAUGUAAUUAAACAUCCACAAAAAUUUAGUUAUACUCUAACUUUGGUGAGAAUACAGCUUUUAAUCACUGUCACUUUCCGUGUAACAUAGUAUCCAGUAGUAGCUAUCUGUCUUUGAUUGCUUGUGCAGCCAUAUUCAGUAAUUCAGUAGUAAUUUCUGUUGAAUCAAACCUGACAGAGCUUUGAUCCUAUUAUAAAGGUACAAGCAAAUCUUUUAUACGCAAUUUUUAGCUUCUUGCUUAUGAUUCUGAUCAAUUAAGGAUCAUUGUAGAAAUUUGUGUUGUAUAAUUUUCUUUGAAAUUUAUUUAUGCUUAAACUUUAUAAUUUUAUUCAUUAGUUUUUUGUUCAGGCAGGGGGAAUAAACUUAGUGGUGACGGGAAUUAUCAUUUUACUUACCUUAUAGUUUCUUUCCUUAUUCAUCUUUUAAUAAGAAAGACUUCUUACUCUUUUUUUCUGGUUGUCUUUAUUUAGUCAUAUUGGUCAAAAAGAGAGUCCAUCAAUUAGAAUAAACUGUAAUAAAUUUAGGAGAAUAAUGUACAUAUUAGAUUUCCAUUUCACUAAUUUAUGUUCUUCUGUCCUAAUUGUUAUAAAUUAUAUGAAGAACUGUAAACUUUUGUUUUAUCUAAACCUGAGCACUGUUUUCUUUCAAGUUUUCUUUUAAGACCACAUAAUUUUUUGUCUAUCCAAAGAAGGGAUAGAUAACUGUGUUUAAAUUAAAUAAAGUGGCACAUGUUGGUAUCUCACUGAAUUUUACAGUAGCAAAUGAAUGUUGUAAUGUACUACAUGGAAAAUGAGUUGGUAAGAAAUCAUUCAAUUCCAGAACCCAGAGAUUAUUAUAAACAGUAAGUAGGUGAAGUAUACUUAUGAAUUAUGAAACAUGUUGUGACAAUGUAUUUAAAUGUAUUUCUAUGUUACUUGCAUAUAGUGUUCUCACAUUGAUUUGUUGUGCAAUAGUUCGGUUUUAAGAAAUUUUUCUAGUUCAGUGCAUCAUUUAUUAUUAUUUAUUUUCACAAGUAUUUGCCUGUGUGGUAGAAUUUAAAAAAUUAUUCUAAGCUUAAAUUAUAAUGUAAAAAUUGCUUGUAUCUUAUUCUGAAAGUUAUUAGCUUAAAAAAGUAAGAUUAUUAUGGCUGCUGUUGUCUCUUGUUCACUCUGUUUUUUUAUUACAAAUAAUAUCUUCAUUUUGAACCUAUUCAAUAAAGACAUGAAUCAAAAAAA